AUGAAUUUAAUGGUUAAACUAGCUUGGAGGCUAUGUACGGAACCAGACCAACUAUGGUUUAGGAUACUACAGCCAAAGUAUGCUGCAUACUGUGAUUUCUUACAUUUACAGGAGGAUAAUACAAACUCUUCUUGGAUUUGGAAAGGGAUAGAGCAGGGGCUUAAAAUAGUACAACAACAUUAUAGAUGUACUAUCAAAUGUGGUACUAAAGCUCUAGUUUGGUAUGAUAGGUGGGUAAAUGGCCUCACUGAACCACCAACCCCAAAGCACAACUUUGCUGAUCCGGCAAGAAUAGUAUAUGUUUCGGAUUUGAUGCUUAAUAACCCUACAAGGUGGAAUGUGCCUCUUACUACAGAGCUUUUUGAUUCUCAAAUAGUGCAAUUAAUUCUUAACAUGUAUAUCCCUCAACAUGGUGAAGAUGCACUUAUUUGGUAA